ACCAGGGCUGGAUUAACGAGCAGCAGCAUCAAGUAAAGACAGUAAUAGGAUAAAGCCGAGGGGAAAGAGCACAAAUAGACCUGGCCCGGUCAAGACACCUUCAGACUGUCAACACGGAGCACUUUGUUUAUUCCGGCAGGACGAGAAGCAGCUUCUGUCAUCUGCUGAGUUUGUUUCCUCCAUCAUCAUCUCACACUGUGACCUGAAGAUGAAGUUACUGCUCGGCUUGGUCGUGGUGGUGGUGACACUGGGCGUCCUCAACUCUGCCCCUGAGGAUCAACCCAAAGACGUCUCCGAGGAGACUUUGAAACAGUUGUCUGAGGAUGGAGAGAAACUGGUGGACGAGGAGGUGAAGAGAGCUCUGUAUGGAGUGAAGCAGAUGAAGGAGGUGAUGUGGAGGAACGGGCAGAAACACGAGCACCUCAUGAAGUCUCUGAGACACAGCAGCGACAAGAAGAGGGGGGCAGCCCAGCUGGCUAAGGAGGUGACAGAGAAGCUGGAGGAGGCGGAGGAGCAGUGCAGAGACUCCCUGCAGUCUGAGUGGGAUGAGUGCAGACCCUGUCUGGAGGAUGCCUGUAAAACUUUCUACACCUCCACCUGCCGCAGGGGGUUCACUACUUUCAAAGCGAAGGUGGAGAAUUUUUUCCACAGGGUUUCCAGGCGCUUUGGCUCCCGUGAACCUCGCAUGGAUGCAGGGGACAUCCUGGUCAACCAGGGCCCCGAAAACACAGACAAAGAGGUCGACAACAUCGAGGACUCCUUCAACCGCCUGAUCACCAAGGUGGACGUGGUGGUGAACCGCAGCGUCGCUCUGGUGUCCAGGAUGAGCAGCAGGCUGGACAAAGUCCUCCGGAAAACCUUCCUGAACAACAGCAACGUGCUGACGGAGGAGAGCACCACCGACCCCUACUACCCAGGACGAGACUCUGGCUUCCUGCAGGGCGUGGGCCUGGAGGAGGUGCUGGACUCCUUCUAUGACUUUGGCAAGAGCGUGGUGGAGGAAUUCGGAGCCGUGGUGACCCAGGUGUUCGAUGACCUCCAUGGGGCAGUGGAGGAAGAGAAGAAGAAAGAGAGGGCAAUUUUCCCCCGCUUCCUGCGGAACCAGAAGUUGUGUAGAGACCUUCGCAAACAGACCUCUGAGUGCUGGCAGCUCCAGAGCCAGUGUGAGGUCUGUCAGGGAGCCCUGCUCACAGAGUGUCCCAGUGUGCGUGAGCUGCACGUGGAGCUGGACGAGGUGUCCCAGCUGGUGGACGUGUCCAAAGAGCAGUAUGAUGAGAUCCUGUCCAUCGUCCAGCGUCACACAGACGAGACGGUAAACUGGCUCAGUGACAUGGCUGCUGAGUUCAGCUGGGUGUCUCAGGCCAUUAGCAACAGCAGCCCCACUGAAAACAUCUUCAGCAUCUCCAUGGUGGCACCAAAGGGACAGGAUGAGCAGAACGGGUCUGUCUCUGAGACCAAGGUGGAGGUGAACAUCCUGAACUCUCCCCUGCUCAUCCUCUCUGUUCCCGGGGAGCUGGAGCCGCAGGACCCGGCCUUCAUCCAGUACGUGGCCCAGGAGGCUCUGGACAAAUACAAGGAGAUGGUCAGUGACGAGGAUGAAUAAAUCGACAGCACAGCUGCUUUUACCUGCACCUUCUUUACGAACAGAACUAGACUGUGUUCCUGUGAAGUAGAAAUAAUCCCGUUGAAAUGUAAAUACAUCUGAUCUAUGUCACUUACUGCCGUUUGUUGAAUGUAAAAAGAAGACGAUGUACCGCUCACCUGUUGUCAAAUGGUGUAA